GGCUAGCGGGGUUCCACGGUCACGCCGGCGUCUGUGAGUUUUCGUCUUUUUGAGUUAAAACCUGAGCGUCUCAGUCCACAGUCCUAUACGCCUGGAGUCUUGGGGUUGCUACGGACGUUAACAUUCCUGCACCCGUGCCUCUUACCUUCGGAUUGACAUCUCAGGACUCACCUUGCCUGAGAGAGAAGCCCUGAAGAGGAAGAAGAGGAAAGGACAAGGAGUCAGGAAUGACUCUUUCUCAGGCACUGUUGACAUUCAGGGAUGUGGCCGUAGAAUUCUCUCAGGAGGAGUGGGAAUGCCUGGACCCUGCUCAGAGGGCCUUGUACAGGGACGUGAUGUUGGAGAACUACAGGAACCUGGUCUCCCUGGAUAUGUCUACCAGAUGUGUGAUCAAAGAAUUAUCACCAAAAGAGGACAUUAAUAAUGGAGACUUAUUUCAGACAUUGGUUUUUGAAAGACUUGUAAGUCAUGAUUUUGAUGAUUUUGAUUUCAGUGAAGUCCAGCAAAAUAUGCACAAGUUUGUGAAUCAGUGGGAAUAUGAAGAAAAACGUUACAAAGGAGUGACUACAACCCCUUGCAAAAAUCUCACUGGUAGUAGAGAUCAACAACAUCAUAAAUCCUGGAAUAAUUUUCCUUUAAAGCAGAAUGUUUCUGUAAGAAGUAUGUCUCAAUAUUACAGAUAUUACAAGUCAUAUAUGAGGAAUAAGGAACUAAAAAGUAACGUAGGCUAUUCAGGAAACAAGUUUUUGAAAUGUUUGGAAAAUAGGCUUGGAUUAAGCCUUCAUUCGCAUUUGGCUGAACUGCAGAUUUUUCAAACUGAGGAGAAAAUUUAUGAAUGUAAUCAAGUUGAGAAGUCUAUGAAAAACUGUUCCUCAGUUUCACCACUUCAAAUAAUUCCUCCUAGUGUCAAAACCAACAUUUGUAAUAAAAAUGGGAAGGUUUUAACGCAUCCUUCAUUGCUUACACAACACCAGAAAACACAUAUUAGAGAAAAACCCUACAAAUGUAAUGACUGUGGGAAGGCUUUUAGCCAUUGCUCAGUCUUAGCUAAUCAUCAAAGAAUUCAUUCUGAACAGAGACCUUACAAAUGUAGUGAGUGUGGCAAAACCUUUAACAGAUUCUCAAACCUCACAAGGCAUCAGAGAAUUCAUACUGGGGAGAAACCAUAUAAAUGUAAUGUAUGUGGUAAGGACUUUAUGAUACGUUCACACCUUUGGGGUCAUGAGCGAAUUCAUACUGGAGAGAAACCUUACAAAUGUAAUGAGUGUGGCAAAGCGUUUUCUGAGCAUUCAAAUCUUGCUCAACAUAAGAGAAUCCAUACUGGAGAGAAACCUUAUAAAUGUAACGAGUGUGGUAAGGAUUUCACCACACGUUCACACCUUUGGGGCCAUGAGAGGAUCCAUACUGGAGAGAAACCAUACAAAUGUCAUGAGUGUGGCAAAGCUUUCACUGGGAGUUCAAACCUUACUCAACAUAAGAAAGUUCAUACUGGAGAGAAACCAUAUAAAUGUCAUGUAUGUGGCAAGGCCUUCAGUCAGAAUUCAAGCCUUACAGUUCAUCAGAGAAUUCAUACUGGAGAGAAACCUUACAAGUGUCAUGAGUGUGGCAAAGCCUUUAAGCAGUACUCAAGUCUCAACAGACACCAGAAUAUACAUGGAGUGAAGAUACAGAUGUAAAGUGUGUGCAUGUGGAAUCUUAGUUCCCCGACCAGGGAUUGAAGCUGCACCCCCUGCAGUGGAAGCUCGGAGUCUUAACCACUGGACCGCCAGGGAAGUCCCUUCUCUUACUUGGUUUUGAUGUGUUUAAUGGAUAGUAAUUAGCUCUCUCCUGAAAUUAUUUGUGGUCAAUUGGUUAACU